UCACCUUGGAGACACCCAGAACAGAAUAUAUUAAAGCUCCAGGAAAAUGGUCACCACAUUAGGACCCUCUUUCUCUUUCUCUCUCUUUUUUCUCAUACACAGUUCGUGACACUCCUUUUUCAUGUUUGGGGACUCUCUUCUGGGCUUUCUUCGGUUUAAGCCUUAGAAGACGGAGAUUAUUAAAACAUGGGUUGCUUUCGUUGCACAGGCAAAUCAAGCAAAAAAACCAACAACAAUAACAUUAAUCACGCCGAGAAGCACACCAAUCACAACGAGAAACAUACUGCUGCUGAUAAGGUCAAAGUUGAUUUGAAUGUGAAUGGUAAACAAGAAGAUAAUAAUCCUAAGCCUGAUCAGCUAUCUCUGGACGUGGAGAAUUUGAAUUUAAAAGAGGUUUCCAAUGAAGGAAAAGUUAACAGUUACCGGGCACAGACAUUUACUUUUGCUGAGCUUGCAGCUGCAACAGGGAAUUUCAGGUCAGAUUGCUUUCUGGGUGAAGGAGGGUUUGGCAAGGUUUAUAAGGGGCGCAUAGAGAAAAUAAACCAGGUUGUAGCAAUAAAGCAACUAGAUCCUCAUGGGCUUCAAGGAAUUAGGGAAUUUGUUGUUGAAGUGUUGACAUUGAGUUUGGCAGACCACCCUAAUUUGGUCAAGUUAAUUGGUUUUUGUGCUGAGGGAGAGCAGAGGCUAUUGGUUUACGAAUAUAUGCCAUUGGGAUCUUUGGAGAAUCAUUUGCACGAUCUUCCGCGUGGUAGAAAACCGAUUGACUGGAAUACAAGAAUGAAAAUAGCAGCUGGUGCAGCUAGAGGCUUAGAGUAUUUGCAUAAUAAAAUGAAACCUCCUGUCAUAUAUCGGGACCUGAAAUGCUCCAAUAUCCUGUUAGGCGAAGGAUAUCAUUCCAAGUUAUCUGAUUUUGGCUUGGCGAAAGUAGGACCAAGUGGUGAUAAAACCCAUGUUUCAACCAGAGUUAUGGGAACAUAUGGAUAUUGUGCCCCAGAUUAUGCAAUGACGGGUCAAUUGACGUUCAAGUCUGAUAUUUAUAGCUUUGGAGUUGUUCUUUUGGAGAUCAUCACAGGCAGGAAGGCGAUCGACAAUACAAAACCUGCUAAAGAACAAAAUCUAGUUGCAUGGGCAAAGCCUUUAUUCAAAAACCGUAAAAGAUUCUGUGAGAUGGUUGAUCCAUUGCUUGAAGGUCAGUAUCCAAUAAGAGGUUUGUACCAAGCUCUUGCUAUUGCUGCCAUGUGUGUUCAAGAACAGCCUAAUAUGCGGCCCGAAACAACUGAUGUGGUUACAGCUCUAAAUUACCUUGCAUCCCAGAAAUACGAUCCCCAAGUUCAUUCAAUACAAAGCUGUAGAAAAGGUUUAUCUUCUCCAAGAGAAAGAAGCAAUGGUCAUAGACGCACUGUCAGUAACGAUUCUGAUCCAAGAGCAAGAAGCCAUGAUCAUAGACGAAUUGUUUGUAAUGGUUCUGAGACAAGAGCAAGAAGCGAAGGUCGUCAUAGACGAACUGUUAGUAUUGGUAAUGGUCAUAGUAGUGGUUCUGAGACAGAAAGCUCUCGAAAAGGUGUAGCUUCUCCAAGGGUGAGAAGUGAUGGUCAUAGACAUUUUGUUAGUAAUGGUUCUGAGACAGACAGUUCUGGAGAUUAGAAAUGUGAUGUGUUUUUGGAUAUUCAUAUUGUAAAAUGCUUAGUUAUCCAAUUUUGCUUCAUAUAAAGAAGAUUCUUCUUUUUGGCUCCUCUAACAUUGGUGUACAUGUGGGCUGGCUUUUUUGUAUUCAAGAUGGAUGCCUCUCCUCGGGAAUUUUUGUUUUGCUCCAUCUUUUAGAAUUUAUCCUCUGCCACAAGAAUCCACUUUUUGAUCUUAAUGAUAAUUGCAGUUCCUGGGUCA